GGUAAAUCUUUGUUAAUGGAGAGGAUGUCAAAUUUCCUAUUGAACAAAAUUCUUUUACGUAGGAGGGUAAAAAUUCCAGUGAUGGAAGUUGAAGAUGAUAACGAUUUAAUAGAAUGUGCAGAUAAAUAUUUAGUUGAUAAAGUAAAAGGCAAAAUAAUUGAAAAGAAAAAACAGAAUGCAAUUGAUAUUAAGAAAAAUGAAAUAUCUAAAACUGAAAAACCUAAAGAAGGUGAAAGUUCUUCGGCGACAGAUGUGAACAAUGAAACGAAAACAUACUCAGGUUUUGUAUACGGUGGUUUAUGGUAUAAUUCAUUUUCGGAGGAUUCUUUUCACACUCCAAAAUUUAAGAUAUCUAAUUUUAGGGCUCAUCAAAUAAACAAAGCUUUUUUCCCCCCAACUUAUAAUGAAAGCACAAAAUCAUAUGAAUGUAUUAGUAAAUUAGACUACUCAGAACUUCAAACUAGAGCUAGUCAUACUACUAUCCUUGAACAAGCUUCAGGGUUUGGUGCUAUUGCAACUUUACUUUUUAAUGUGGCAGUUUAUGGUGUAACAUCUCAAUUAAGUCUUAGAAAUACUUGCAUUCUUGACGAUUUGUUAAUUUUCACAUUUUCUCUUGUACCUAUUUUCUCAUGCACUGUUUUAACCCGUUCAAUUUCAUCAUUCUUUUCUCAUGAUAAAGAUAUCAUAGUUGAAGAAAUUAAGAAUUAUGGGUUUAGACUUCGGGAAAGUAAACGCAUUAUAGAACAAUAUAAAUUUGUUUUUUUAGAUGUUGUUACUAAUGAACACGCAACUAGAUUAUUAUGUCAACAAAAUCUUUAUUUAAAAGCUUAUUCAAGGAAAAAUGAAGAGAAUAAAACGGCAUUAAAUUUUAUUAAAAAUUUUCAAAAGCUUUAUCUGAACAAGAUUUUCCUGAGAGAACUUUUUUUUGAGAAGCUUUACUUGGAGAAGAAAUCUGAUCAUUGUCUGAAAAAACUUUUUUCAAGGAAAUUGAAAAGGUCAGAUUUGAAGGAACCAGACAAUUUGAAUGAUUUAUUUUUAGACAUUUUUGAAGAUUGUAUGAAAUCUAAUGAUGAUAACGAAGAUUGUAUGAAAUCUAAUGAUGAUAACGAAGAUUGUAUGAAAUCUAAUGAUGAUAACGAAAAAUUCGAAAAAAAUCUUGAAGAUUGUAUCAUUGAUAUAAAAGAUCAUAAGAUUUAUAAGCGUAUUCUAGGAAAAGAUACUAUAGCUGAAAAACUUAUUGAACAUGCAUGUGUUUACAUGAAUAUUCUUGAAGCGGGAAUAUUUCAAUAUCUCACUUAUUCACAUCGAUCUGCCAAAAAAGAAAAAAUCUACAAAAACGAUAAAUUAGUAGUUAAUUGGGUUAUAAUUCCUGCAUUUUCAGAAAUUAAUGUGAAUGUGUCCGACAAAAUUACUAAAAUGAAUACUGAGGAAGAGUUUCUUGAAGAGAUUCUUGAAGAGAUUCUUAAGAAUAAUGAGAAAGGGAUUCAUGAGAAAAAGAAUAAAGAAGAUGAGAAUAAUGAAGAUGAGAUUCUUAAGAAUUAUGAAGAGGUUACUAGGGAUAUUAAAAAAGAGAUUGAGAGUAUUCUUGAUACUUUUGAGAAAGAGAUUGAGAGGAUUCGUGAGAAAAUUAAAGAAGAUAUUAUUAAAGAAGGAUAUAUUAUUAAUGUAAAAAGUAUUAAAGAAGUUAAAAGAAGAUUUACUGAAUAUAUUGUCUAUAUUAAAUUUAUUGAAAUUAUGCUUAACAUUAAUAGCAAAUUUAAAUAG